CCUUGUUACCAUUGGUGAAGAGAGAGAGAGAGAGAGAGCGCAACAGAGGAGGAGAAAGCUAGGGCGAGUGGGAAGAAGACAAUAACAGAGAUGCCAAAAUUUGAUCCAUGGCCGGUGUUCUUCAAGCGAGAGUGGAACCGGAACUGGCCUUUCUUGGUCGGUUUCGCCAUCACCGGCACCAUCAUCACCAAGCUUUCUCUUGGGCUCACUGAGGAGGAUGCUAAGAAUUCCCCUUUCGUUCAGAGGCACAAGAGGUGAAUAUUGGGACUCCUGAUGUAGUUCCAGGUAGUAAUUUUGCGUGGAUGGGAGGCUUGGCUGUUUGUGUCUGAUUUGUGAUCAAAUAACAAAUUGUUACAAUGAUCAAGAUCUUUUUUUUUUUUGGAUUUAAUUUUUUAGGCUGUCCUUUUGAUUUGAAUAAGGUUGAACUUCGUUGAUUCUAGAAACAUUCAAGGCUGGGCUUGUCGCUUGAUUGAAUAUUAACAUGGAGACCUAGAAAGUGCUGAGUAGACAGAGUAGUAUCUUUGUUCUCAUCAUUCAGCCAGUGGUUCUUGUAUGUUUCCAACUUUAAACGAACCCUGUUGGCUACUAUCUCAUAUGCAAACUUUUUGUUUUAUGGGAUUUAGUGAAAAGUUUAGAAUUGCAAUUUCAUUGAA